AUGCCUGAGCAGCCAUCCAGUACUGAUACAAAACUUGUAGGAACCGUGUCUAAUAAUCUUACUGCUAUUUCAUUACCUGCCAAUAUUGUAAAGGUAGAUAACAAUUUACCAAAGGAUCCAAAUACUUCUAUAAUUGAAACAACAUUGACAAAUGUAGAAAGACCUGAAGGGCAGCUUGACAAAGAUGUUCAAACAUCAUCCAUAAAGAGUGCUGUAUCAGGUACAGAAAAUAAUCAAGGCACAAAGAAACAAACUAUUGAGAAAAUCAGUGAACUGAAUCCAAUUGAAAUUUCUAACAAUGUUGGGCAAUCAGCUGUUGCGCAGAAACCAGAUGUUUCUGUAAAGGCUGAAAUUGAGAAGACAAUGCCGGACGAAGAAGAACAACCACCAAAAAAAAUUGAUGUAGAGAAGGAGGACGAGAUCUUAAACAGUCAGAAUAAGGAGGUCAAAGAUUCAGCAGUUGAGGAUAUUGGAGAUGAUCCAGAUUCAGAAGAAGAAGAUAAACAAGAUCUUCAAGAUGAUUCUGAGAUUAGUAUUAGUAAAGGGGACAUUCAGAAAAUGGAGGACAAAAUCAAGGAAAAUUUGGAGAGUAACAUUCCGUUAAGAACCACUUAUACAGCUCAAAAGUCACAAGAAGAUUUUAUUUCUAAAACGCCUCAAGAGGAUUUUCCGGAAGACGAUGAUCAUUUCUUUUCUUUCUUCCUGACUGCAAUAAUAAUUGUUGUUCUUCUAUAUAUAUUAUAUCACAACAAAGGCAAAUUCACAAAAGUGAUCCUUGGUCUGAUAGUCGAAGGACGGCAACCGGGACGGCGUCGUAACAGCCGCGGCCACGCGUACCGGCGUCUAGACACAUUAGAGCAGGCGAUGAGCUCAAACACACCCGCUCCACCCAGUAAAAUUAUAUAU